AUGGCGACUCGUUACAGAGCUCUUUCCAAAUCAACGGUUUCUCUCUUCAAACACGCGGUCAACAAGCCGGCCGGCGUUAAACCCACACCCACCUCGGCCGCUUCUCUUUUCCCAGCUCGCCCUUCUUCUACAUUCUCAAGGCCAAUUGCUCAACUGGGUGCUCUUCAGUCGCUCCUUCCUCUACACUCCGCCGUUGCUUCAGCUCGUCUCACAUCGUGUCUUGGCAUCGAUUCCACCAGCUCACGGUCGUUGUCUCAGGGUAUGCUCUGCAGUGCGAACCCAGGAGUUUGA